CGUAACCAGCGUUGCUAUAACAUUAAAGAAUGCAUUCAAACCUGCGUGGAGUCAGAUUGCUCAUUGAAAUGCCUAAAGUCCGAUGUAUGUCUGCAAAACUGUCACGGAAAUGGCUGUUCAGCAAAUUGCCAUAGUAAUGAAAGCUGUCUUCAGACCUGCCAUGACAAAGCAAACUGCACAAAACUCAUAUGUGAAUCAGAAUCUUGUCAACAAAAUUGUAAGAAUAGUUCUUAUUGUGGUUUACUAUCUUGCCAUGGCAAAAAUUGCAGGCAGGAGACAUUCGUGGAAAAAUCCGAACUGGUAUGUACAUCUUCUCGCUGCGAGGAGCAGAUUUCUCAUGCUUCAAACACAAUAUUAUAUUGUAAUAGCGUCGACGGUUCAUGUAUACAAAAAUGUUAUGGCAGUGGAUGUGUAAUGACAUGUGGACAGGACGUGAAAAAAUGUCAACAAUACUGUGGUGGUGGCAACUGUAACAUGACCUGUGCAUCUGGUGUUGAUACUUGUAGCAUGGAGUGCCCUGGAGGUAACUGUACGUUCUCAUGUGGCCCAAAAAAAUGUGGUGUACCACAUGAAACUUCCAACGUAAAUGUAAAAGGUAACAAUGAAACUAAGAGUAAGGCUUUAGAUAUCGAUGAUCGUCCAGAAUGCAAAAAUUCUGGUAAUAAACUUUCACUUCUUUUUCUUAUAUUUCCCUUCAAAAUUGCAGUUUUCAUUUCAUGAAUUUUUUUCACCGUCUCUGUAGUUCAUUGUAUUCGUACGAUGUAUUUAAACUUAUCCGUUGUUACACAAUAUGCACAAUUGAUAUUUAAUUCAUUUCAGGGUAUACUACAGAUAACAUAAAAAAGGGGUUGUUUGAAGUUUUUUGUUAUUGAUAUUAUUGGUGUUAAUAUAGAUAAUAGCAAAGUAAAACGCGCACUAAAUUACAGCCUGACAGUGGUUGCCGUAAUACCGUUGUAGUGUCUGAUGGUAUAUAUUAAUUCAGCAAUAAUUGGGCCAAUGACUAUUAAAUUGGUAACGAGGAUUUUUAUGCGUAUGCGUGAUGGACAUGUACGUUUGUGAAAUUUCUGCAAACAAUUCGAACAUAGAAAAUUAAUAGUGAAAAAGGACUU